AGAGCGCCACCCUUGAGCACAGAAGCUCACUGACAGCGCCCAAGCCGUGAGUUCAAGGUCCCUCCCACCCCAUCCCCGGCCGGGGAAAGUAGAGAGGAAGGGAGCUAGUUAAGGAGGUACACUAGCAUUGCAUUUCUGGAGAGGAUGAGAUGAGGAAAUAAAAAACUGCGUUCCAAAAAAAAAGCGUGUUUCCUAGAACGAAGAAUCCACACUACACUCUUCACCUCCACAAGACCAGUCAAAUCAUUCGCGCGCGCGCCUCAGAAUGACCCCUCCGCGGAGCCGUGGGCGUGACGUCAUCACGGCGCGACCACAGGAAGUAAACGCCUGGCUCCGCCGGGGGUCCUGCGCUGGGCGGGACGCUCAGCCCCAGCUCCCGGCCGAGCCGCGAUUUCUCCGCUCCUUCCCGCGAUGGACAAUGGCGGGGAGUUCCCCGCAGACAAAGGCGGGGAGACUGGAGAGUCCGACGAGACGGCCUCCGCUCCCAGGGGCCCGGGGACUACGGACGCCGACGGAGUACCGGAAGAAACUGACGGAGACGCGGACCUGAAGGAGGCUGCAGCGGAGGAAGGCGAGCUCAAAAGUCAGGAUGCCUCAGAUUUAACAGCAGCUGAAAGGGAAGAUGCAUCACUACUUACCCCUGCUGCCAAAAAGCUGAAAAUAGAAACCAAAGAAAAGAAAGAGAGGAAGCAAAAAGUGGAUGAAGAUGAGAUUCAAAAGAUGCAAAUCCUGGUUUCUUCUUUUUCUGAGGAGCAACUGAACCGCUAUGAAAUGUAUCGCCGGUCAGCUUUUCCUAAGGCAGCCAUUAAAAGGCUAAUCCAGUCCAUCACUGGCACGUCUGUGUCCCAGAAUGUUGUUAUUGCUAUGUCUGGUAUUUCCAAGGUUUUCGUCGGGGAAGUGGUAGAAGAAGCCCUGGAUGUGUGUGAGAAAUGGGGAGAAAUGCCACCGCUACAGCCCAAACACAUGAGGGAAGCCGUUCGGAGGUUGAAGUCGAAGGGGCAGAUCCCUAACUCAAAGCACAAAAAAAUAAUCUUCUUCUAGAACCAAGCCUGGAAAGGCCUAUUGCUGACAGGGGAUGCCCUCUUCUAUCAGCUUUCCACACUGGUGCUUCAGUGAGUAGUUGUCCUCUGAGUAGUCCAUGGUGACAAUUUUAAUAUCUUUAUCCAAACAAGUAUUCGUUGCACUUAAAAGGAAUACGGCCUAUUUCCAACUUGUAAUCAGUUUUGGACCUCUUGUGGAAUUUGAGGUACUUCACUCUCUUGGCUCAUGGGAAGAAAGGUCUUCAUCUUUUAAACAGAGGACCCGCUUUCAGACAAAACCCUAAAAGAACUGAUGGUUUCACAUUGAAGUUGCUAAACUAAGACAUUGUUUCUUACCUCUGGUUUUCAGUAGAUGAACCAACCAGAAAAUUUAACUUGUGAUACUUACAAUGGAGGAUGUGAUAACUAGUGAUUUGUGCUUUAACACUAAAGAUUUUUCUGUAACUUGAUGAAUGAAACUUUUCCAUCUUGAUGUAUGUUAUUCAUUUUAUGUCUAGUUGGUUGGAAUGGAGAGAGUUGGUCUUUUUUUUAAUAGUGUCCAAAUAAAGUUGCUCUUAACUUUUUCAUAAAA